UUCACUAUUGUGUACGGCUGGCUGAGGGAAGGGGGGAAAGAGAACCUGCCUCUUUGUGUGACAAGAACUCAACUAGAACGUGAUUUGCUUCUUCUUUUUGAGUUUGUCAGCAGACUCUCGGUGUGUCCAGGCUGCAGAUACGUUUCUAAGCUUGAUGUAUGGAUGCCUCCCUCCACAGGGACAUGUGAGUGUUCUUCUCAGGCCGGCAGAACAGCGACACCCGGGCUGCUCCUGACGAUGAGAGCCAACGUCAGGCUGGUUUCCAUGAAUAUUGAUGUGGAGGAUAGACUGGUUCAUAGAACAGAAGGAGGCAAGAUGGCUGCCCUUUAGGAUUUGUUAAAGAGGCGAUCCAGACGGGUUGUUGGUUUUUCUACAAAGUGGAGGGACAAAACACGAAGGAGAGAAAGAGGGCAGCCCUGUGUAUGGACUUUCAGCAAGCCAGAUGGAAACAGAACAGACCAAGCAUGAGACGGAAGAAAGUCUGAUGUUGGCACAAUUUGAGACAAGUUGUAACUUUUCUCAUAAACUCCAGAAUGGAGCUCCGUCUUCAGAAGAAGAUUCUCUGCAGAUCACUGAAGACACAAAUUGGAAUACACACUCAGCACAUUACAAACCCAGCAAAGGUGUCAGCUCUGUAAAGAGGUACAGGGAGAACUGCAACGUCCCUGCAUCAGAGCAAGGCUUGAGCAAAAUGAAUGGAGACCUGACGAAUGGAGAGUUGAAUCGUGCACUCACUGAGCAGUCCUUAUUGGUCCACCAACCCAAGAAAAUGAAAGUGGAUGUUGAAAGUAGAGGCAAUGUUGACACAAGCUAUAAGUUGGCGAACAACUUUAAUGAAGCAGAAAGGCGCUCCCAACAGACAGAGACCAACUUUGAUAAAAGGAAUUGCCAUAUUCCUAAAGGGGAUAUUUUCCAUUUACAGCGAAAUAAACAAGUUCCCAAUGGUGCUGUCUCAUCUUCCUCAACCAUAGAAAGCACUCCAGGUGACCUGUUGGAGAAAACACUGUCUCAGUAUUAUCCUGAACAAGUGUCAAUUGCACCACAAACAUCUGGGUCCCAGUUGGACACUGUGAAUGAUUCACUGACCAGUCAGUUGUCCAGUGAAGGUGCUCAGCCAACUGCUUUAACCUCAAAAUUUCACACCAACUCAUCCCACAUGUCUGACUCGCAGCAACAACAGUCUGAGACGUCUGCAGAUGCUGAAGGUGGCAACAAUUAUAACUCUGUCAAUUAUUCACUGAAUGGAUAUUCCCACGACUUUGAAGUAAACCACCAGCAGCAACAACCACAAUCUUACUCUGGUCAGGAGUCGGCUUUGGGGCCACUGCCAGACAUGGUUCAACCUUUACGAAAUGAUGGUAGCUCACAACAUCCCAGCAGUGAACAGUGUUUCCCAAAUGACACAAAUCCUCAAGUAAAAUACACAGAAGACCAGAAGGAGUUUAGUCUGGGCUCUUUUGUGAAGCGCAGUAAUCCUCAACACACAGCAGAGACAGGUGGAUAUGGAUCUUUUUGCAACUCUGGGAUACAAGAAAAUAAACAAAAAGAAAAAUCAGCAGUUGGUCAAAUUCUUCAUCAUGGGACUGGCAGAGAACAACAUUAUGGAAGUCAGACUCAGAACUUUCAAGAAAAUGUUGGGAAACAACAAAGACCUGAUGGUUUUGGUCACAUAGGGCCUGAUCUCCAACAGCCACACCACAUUAGGAUGGAAAAUGGUACGGAGAACACUCAACGUAGAGAUUAUAUAUCAUGUUCCACUCCCAGCCAGACAGGUUGGAUGGAUGGAAAUCCUUCACAAUCCCAGCAACAACUAACAAGUGGUCCAUCAUCUCAGGGACAGGAACAAGACAUGUGGAGGGACUUCCCUGGUAAGCCUCAGCCAGAACAGCAAAAAGAAGAUACCCAGGUUUGCAGUCAGUUAUUGGAGUCAAACCUAGUGCAACAUUACAGGCAAACACAGGCGUCUGGAGUUUUCACAGAUAGCAGUCAGAGGUCUAACAGUUCACAGCAAAAACAGCAGGACUGUCUACCAUUACAAAGGCAGUGUGCGUCAACGCAGCACAAUACUGCCCCUGAGUGGCAGCAGUCAAAUCUUAAAACACCUCAGAUGCAGCAAACUUUGCUCAAGAAAAUGCCUGAGCAAAUAAAUGUCCCUCUAAAUCAGCAAGCAGAAAACUGCUACCAGUCCCAGAGGGAACCAGAGCACUUAUGUGAGGAUAGUGACCUGCAGGACAUAUUGUCAGCAGAUUUUGUAACAACACGGAAGCAGCAACAAGAACAACAGCUCUGUCUUCUUCAACGUCCACUGUCUCAUCCACCACAAUCUGAAGGGCGACAACUUAACUCUCCCAAUUACAGACCUCACAGUCAGCCUCCACCAGGUUCACAGCUUCAAACAGAACAGCCUCUUCGAAACGGUUCAGCCCAAGCCUGCAACCAAGACAUUCAUUGCAUUGACCAACCAACAUUCACCUUCAAUAAUGCAACAGAGAUGCCACAACCUCAAAAACAGUUCAUUACAAACUCGGACAGAAAGAACUUCAAACAAUUUCAACCACAGCCGUCUAACAACCACUGCCACGAGACCAACCAAGUGGACUUUCCCCAGAUCUCAACACAGUCACAACCACAUGUAACACAAGGUCUAGUAAACCAGCAGGUGACAUCACAGAUGUAUUUCAAAGCUGAACAGCAGAUGAAGACUUCUUGCACUCGGUUCCAAAUGGGACCUCAACUACCUCUGGGACCAGUGGGUUCUCAUGGAGACUCUCAGAGGCAUGCAGCUCUACGUAUGCAUCUAUUACAAAAGCAGGAACGUCAUGGUUCCUCUCAUCCCCUUCAAGGCUCCGGUGAUCUCAAACAAAUCCCUAGAGGUGUGAAAAUUGAAAAUGGGCCCAGAUUUGGGCUGCCUGCUUCUCGGCAGCAAGAACAGCUGAUGCAAAUGAGAGAUGUAGGCAUGGGUGGUGUUCACAUCAAGCAGGAAAGUCAGCAGUCUCUGUGUGUUCAAAACAAGAAGCAGGGAAGCAUCCUGUCAUCAAUGGAGCAAAGUCUGAAAAAUUAUCAGCUUUCACCUGCGUUUGAAAAAAAAUCUAUCAUGGUUAACUCAUCCAAUAAAGUCAAGGUGGAGUCUUCAGGGCCAGUCACGAUCCUGUCAGCCAACACAGACAUUAACAGGAUAGAAUCAUCACCAGGAGCCUCAUCCAAGCUAGCUCUGAAAAAAAAUGUUGAUUCCACUCCUAAGAAGGAACAACUCCUAAAAACCUUCAUUGACUCUCCCAUCAAGCUGUUGGAUACACCCAUAAAGAACCUUUUGGAUACUCCCAUGAAAACACAAUAUGAAAUUCCAUCGUGCCACUGUGUUGAUCAAAUCAUUGAGAAGGAUGAGGGCCCAUAUUACACUCACCUGGGCUCAGCACCUAGUGUUGCUGGCAUACGGGAGGAGAUGGAGAAAAGGUCGGGGCUUACUGGCCAUGCCAUCAGGAUCGAAAAAGUUCUCUACACUGGCAAAGAAGGGAAAAGCACACAAGGUUGCCCCAUAGCCAAAUGGGUGAUUCGUCGAGCCAGUGUGGAAGAAAAGCUCUUGGUGUUGGUGCGCGAACGUACCGGUCACCGAUGUGAUACUGCCUGCAUCAUAGUGGUCAUCUUGGUCUGGGAAGGCAUCCAGCCCAAUCUGGCUGACCACCUCUACCUUGAGCUGAGAGAAACUCUGACAAAACAUGGAGCCCUCACCCAGAGACGUUGUGCUUUCAACGAAGAGAGGACGUGUGCUUGCCAGGGAUUAAAUCCUGAUGCCUGUGGAGCAUCUUUCUCUUUUGGCUGCUCCUGGAGCAUGUACUACAAUGGUUGCAAGUUUGCCCGUAGCAAAAUUCCAAGAAGAUUUAAGUUACUAGUAGAUGAUGCCAAAGAGGAGGAAAAAAUUGAGCGAAAUUUUCAAAAUUUAGCAACAUUACUGGCCCCUUUGUAUAAAAACAUGGCACCUGAAGCCUACGGAAACCAGGUAGAAUAUGAGCAUAGAGCACCAGAUUGUCGUUUGGGACACAUGGAGGGUCGUCCAUUCUCGGGGGUCACUGCUUGUAUGGACUUUUGUGCCCAUGCUCACAGAGACGUCCACAACAUGCAGGGUGGCAGCACUGUGGUUUGUACAUUAACAAGAGAAGAUAAUCGAGAAAUUGGAAAGAUACCAGAGGAUGAGCAGCUUCAUGUCUUACCUCUUUAUAAGCCCUCUAACACUGAUGAAUUUGGAAGUGAGGAGGGCCAGCAGGAAAAAAUAAAGGCAGGGGCCAUCCAAGUCCUCAGUGCCUUCCGUCGCCAGGUGCGCAUGCUUGCAGAGCCCGCCAAGUCUUGCCGGCAGAAGAAGCUGGAUGCAAAAAAGGCAUCCGCCAACAAGAAUGCCAUGCUGGAAAGCUCUAAUGAUAAGGCAGAAAAGGCUCUCCAGGCCAAGUCAAAAGCAGGCACUUAUGAGAAUACUGCUCCAAGCACUCUAUUGGCAGGUGCUGUAGGACCAACCCUUCAAUCAGGUUGCCCUCUUGGGGCUCAGUCACAACAAAUACAACAACAGCAGCACAAGAGCAUAUUUCCUCCAUUCCCUGCCCCAACAAAUGCAGCAGUUGCAAGGUUUUCUAACCAUUCUGGACCUUUUCCAAGCACUUCCAAGCCAGGCAUGUUUAACCCUCAGCCACCUUCACCAGCUAACCCUUACCUUUCUACGUUCCAUGUACCAAACUCCUACAUGAAUGGGUCAAAUCAUCCAUACCCAAGCCAUCAGUGUAAUGGGGGAAUGCCCAGUGACAACUUCCAUCCACUCUAUGCUUCAAGCCAAAAGCACCCAGAUAUGUAUGGACAACAGCAAACAACACUGUACUCAGAGCAACAGUAUGGUGUACAUCGUUUUGAUGUCAAUUAUCCACCAAGUUACAGUGAAACAGGUUUACAAGUUAACGGCUACAAUGCCAUACGACCAACUCACCCCAUGACACAUUAUGGCCCAGGUGGUCCUAACAGGACUCAGUUUAUUGACCCCCUCUUAAGAGCACCCUCUGCCCAUGGAGGCAUUGAUUACACACUUGCUGUAAGCAAAGGUAAUCAGUUUGGAGAAUACCCCAAUCCAUAUCUGCAACCGAGCCCACAUGUCUUAACCCCGGGCCAAGCUCCUUUCCAUAUGCAAAUCAAGACAGAGACGGGUAUGCCUGGCCCACAAAUGCUCUCCGCUCAUCUUAGUACUGGGUGUUUAAACCCUGAAAUGCAAUCAGGUCUUGGUCAGCCUAACGGGGGAGUUUUGAGCUCCAUUAUUAAGCAGGAGCCUGGAAUGCCACAAACGCCAACAACUCCACAAAAGCCCGAGAUGUGGUCAGACAAUGAGCACAAUUUCUUAGAUCCUGACAUCGGUGGUGUUGCUGUGGCACCAAGUCAUGGCUCAGUCCUCAUUGAGUGUGCAAAACGGGAGCUCCAUGCUACAACACCUCUUAAAAAUCCAGAUCGAAACCACCCAACACGCAUCUCCUUAGUCUUCUACCAGCAUAAGAAUCUGAAUGAGGCAAAGCAUGGGUUGGCAAUGUGGGAAGCUAAGAUGGCAGAGAAGGCUCGAGAGAAAGAGGAAGAGGCAGAAAGGAAUGGUGGUGAGGGGACCCCCAGCAAGGGCAGUAAAAAGGGGGUGAAGCGUGAGCAUUCUGAAUCAUCAGAGACCACUGGAGAACCUCCGUACAAGCGUUUUAUUAAGGCACUCAUGGAAGGAUCCUCAUCAUGCACAACUAACACAUAUGCCAUAACAACCCCAUACGCAUUCACCAAGGUCACAGGGCCUUACAACCAGUUUGUGUAGAAAACAACCCCUUCCCCUGACCACGUCCAUCAGAGCCCCAUCAACAGCCCUUACAUAGUCAAACAUAGACCUGUGAUGGGACAGAAAGAACUUCUUACAUCACGUCUUACACUUCUUUCACAGCCAAGCUUUACUUGUUAA